AUGCCUUACCCCUAUCAAUUCCUUAAGUGCUCCGAUAAAAAAGAGCUUUUAGAUGCCUACAUAGGAAAACAUGUGAAAGAUCUUCCUACUCCUUCGUUGAUCAUAGACAGAAGCCAGGUGAAGAAAAACUGUAUGGCCACGUUUGAAACGGUAAGAAAACUCGGGUUUGAAUUCAGACCUCAUGUCAAGACUCACAAAACUACCGAAGGAACCCUUUUGGAGCUAGGUGAAGGAACGGAUUUCAGUACUUCUCGGAUCGUUGUCUCUACGCUUACCGAGGCUUGGAACUUACUUCCUCUUGUUAAAUCAGGACGUAUCGAUGAUAUUUUAUUCAGUAUGCCAGUAAUGCAGUCUCGUCUAGGAGAAAUGGCGGAUCUAUCGAAGUUUGUCAAGAAUUUCAGAAUGAUGCUAGAUAACCAGAAACAAGUGGAUGCCUUGGUUGAGUUUAGUAAGAAGAACAAUUAUGCCAAGAAAUGGUCGAUCUUCAUCAAGAUUAACAUGGGGUCUAACCGCGCCGGAUUUGAAUUGACCUCUUCAGAACUCAAACAAACUUUGCAGCAGAUAUUGACUACAGAUGCCAGGAACUAUAUUGAAAUAUACGGCUUCUACUGUCACGCAGGCCAUUCAUACGGCUGCCAUAGCCUGGAGGAGGCUGAAAAGGUGCUUGUAGAUGAAAUCAGUAGUGCCAAUUCGGCCGCUAAAAUGGCCCUGGAGAUCGACAAAUCCCUACAAUUGGUUCUUUCUGUGGGUGCCACACCUACCGCGCAUGCAGCUGGAUUGUACAACUCCGGUCAACUUGACUCGAAGCUCUACGGUGAAGUGGAGCUACACGCUGGUAAUUUUGCCUUCUGCGACUUGCAACAGGCUGGUACUAAUUGCUGUAAGCUAGAGAGUAUUGCAUGUACGGUGCUAGCAGAAGUGAUAUCGGCCUAUCCUGGUAGAGGUUCUCAGAAACCCGGUGAAGAGUUGGUGAAUGCAGGCGUUUUAGGUAUUGGAAGAGAGACAGGUGCCAUUCCAGGAUUUGGCAAAGUGUGCUGGCCAAAAGAAUACUCGAAUUGGAUAGUAGGAAGAGUGAGCCAGGAACAUGGUAUUCUUACAGUGCUAGACCAUCAUGAACCUACGAAGAUGAUCCCUAUCGGAACCAAAGUGUUAAUAUAUCCUCAGCAUACUUGCAUAGCUGCUGCGUGCUAUCCUUGGUAUUUUAUCGUGGAUAAUGUAGACGAAGUGGUGGAUGUUUGGGUACCAUGGAGAGGAUGGUAA